GGUUGCUGAGCGGAAAGUCAUUUUAUUUCAACGUGAUGAGCGACAGCCUUCACCUGGUGGACAACGGCGGUGAGUUGCUGUUGGUGCACCGAACGCUGCAAUACUAUGAAUAUGAUCAAGAUCACGAAAAUGAUGAUGAUGAAAGUUAUGACGGCACGUACGAGAGGAACUACGAGGUUUACAGAGUGGAUUUGGACGCCGGCAUCCUGAUCCCGGUCAAGGGCUUAAACAGGCGCGCCGUGUUCAUGGGCAUGAGCCGUGCAAUCUCUGUAUCGGCGGCAGAUGCCUUUCCCUCUGCCACUCCUAACACCAUCUAUCCUGGGGUUGAUUGUGGCAUGGAGACCUGGGAGUACAAUGUUGCAGAUGGAAGCAAAGAACCUUGGCACUAUUGUCCGUUAGGCCCGCGUACUGCUGUGGACUGUCUCCGCAUCUGCAUCCAGGGCGACGGCACCGAUUUACUUGCCUGAGUUCAGGGGAUUCUAUUUGGUGCACUCCAGUUCUGAAGCUGUUUCUUUUCUUCAGAGGAUUUUCAGUACUCAUUUGCAAAGGAAAACAGAUGUAAUAGUAAUAAUGUUAUGGAGGUUUAUUGUAUGUUGCCAUUAAGCAUAUGUACGCCAAAUAAUUUAUUUGUUUGAUAUUUGUUGUCCUAUUUUAUUUAA